AUGUUUUCCAGAGUGAUCCGGGCCCGGCAACUUCCGCCCUUGGGCCGCAAGGGCUUUGUCCCAGCGGUCAGAAGGACUGUCACUACCGAUGCCGCCUCCUCGCAUGCUGAAGCUGUCCCAGCUGAUGAGAACACGCCAUUCACAGUCAAGCUCUCCGAUGAGAGUUUUGAGACGUAUGAGCUGGACCCUCCGCCAUACACUCUACAGACCACAAAGAAGGAGUUGAAACAAAUGUACCAUGAUAUGGUUUCCAUAAGACGAAUGGAAAUGGCUGCAGAUCGCCUCUACAAAGAAAAGAAGAUUCGGGGCUUCUGUCACUUGUCAACGGGUCAGGAAGCCGUUGCGGUCGGCAUUGAACAUGCUAUUACAAAGGAGGACAAAUUAAUCACCGCCUACCGUUGCCAUGGCUUCGCAUAUAUGCGUGGUGGAACCAUAAAGUCGAUCAUUGGUGAGCUUCUUGGUCGUCGAGAGGGCAUUGCCUACGGAAAGGGUGGCUCCAUGCACAUGUUCGCCAAAAACUUCUUUGGUGGAAACGGUAUUGUUGGAGCUCAGGUCCCCGUUGGUGCUGGCCUUGCGUUUGCCCAACAAUACAAUGGGGAAAAGACGACGACAGUCACUCUAUACGGUGACGGGGCUUCCAACCAAGGUCAAGUUUUCGAGGCUUUCAACAUGGCUAAGCUGUUGAAUCUGCCUUGCAUCUUUGGCUGUGAAAAUAACAAAUACGGCAUGGGUACCUCAGCCAACCGCUCCUCCGCCCUUACCGACUACUACAAGCGCGGCCAGUACAUCCCCGGCCUGAAAAUCAACGGCAUGGAUGUCCUCGCCAUCAAAGCCGCCGUCCAAUACGGUCGCGAAUACACUAUCGCCGGCCGCGGCCCUCUUGUCUUCGAAUAUGUCACCUACCGAUACGGCGGCCACUCUAUGUCCGACCCGGGCACCACGUACCGUACCCGUGAGGAGAUCCAACGGAUGCGAAGCACCAAUGACCCCAUUGCUGGCCUUAAGCAGAAGCUGCUAGACUGGGGUGUCACGAGCGAGGAGGAACUGAAGGGCAUCGAUAAGGACGCUAGGAACUUUGUUGAUGGGCAGGUUGCGGAGGCUGAGAAGAUGCCUUUCCCGGAGGCCACGCCGCGCAUCCUGUUUGAGGAUACGUAUGUUCGUGGUAGUGAGCCUGUGUGGACCCGUGGGCGAACUGUUGAUGAGACUUUCUACUAUUAA